GUAGGCUAUUGUCAACGUCCUGGUGAAUGUCGUUGUCGCAUUGGUUACACUGGAGAAUUGUGUGACAAAUGCAUUCCUUUGCCCGGAUGUCAACAUGGUGACUGCACAAAACCAUUUGAAUGCAUAUGCCGCCCUGGUUGGGAUGGACUUUUUUGUACGGAACCCACAUGUCGCCAUGGUUGCCACAAUACACGUGGCUACUGUGAGGCUCCUGGUGAGUGUCGCUGUCGUAUUGGCUGGGCUGGUCGUAAUUGCAGUGAUUGUUCUGUUUUACCGGGAUGUCAGCAUGGCACUUGCAGUAAGCCCUUGGAAUGUCAAUGUUUACCUGGUUACACCGGUUUGUUGUGUCAGACACCGAUUUGUAAUGCAGAUUGUCACAAACAGCAUGGCUACUGCAAGAAACCAGGAGAGUGCAGGUGUAAAGUAGGUUGGACUGGUGCCAAUUGUGACAAAUGUUUCCCAUAUCCCGGAUGUGUAAAUGGUGACUGUGAAAAACCCUGGGAAUGUAACUGCAAACCGGGUUGGGGUGGAAUUUUAUGUGAUGAAAGUAUGAAAACAAAUUCAAAGCUUU